AUGAGAAAUUUGGCCGCCUGUCUGUGUUUUUUGAAACUCGUUGCAGGAGAAUGCGAUUAUUCGAAAGAAGUGACUUUGACAGCGACAGGAGAAGAUGACCUAAAAGAACAAUGCAAAGAUCCUACUUUGUGGGCCGAAUUGUCGGAUUUGCUCCAAGGAAACUUCGAACAUGUCCACACCAAAGUUCUGGUAAACGGGUGUUUGUGCAUAACAACCGCAAGUAAUUCGACAAACACAAUUACAGAGGAAGUUGAUUGUGUGGCCGCCUGUGUGAGCCAAACUGAUCGCGCUGCCAAUACGAUGUGGGCCGUUUCCUUCAUGUUCAUCAACAUCGUCCUUGCCAUUUCCGUUGGGAUCAUUUUCAUGGCUCAGUCUACUCCAGCAACAACGCCUCCAUAUAACAAGUUUGUCUUUGGGAUUUUGGUCUUUACAGUCAUCUGCACGAUUAUUUCAUUUAUUGGAAUGUCGAAAGUAGACCCAGGAGCUGUUUCCGCCUCUGCGGUAGCAUUUUCCGUCUUUACCUUCUUAUGCUCGUGUAUAGUCGCCUUUGGCUUCUUCCGAUCUGGACCUCAGGUUAUGUAA